AUCUUUUUAAUAUUUUCAUUCUCUAAACCCGACAAUUGAAAGAGGAUCGGGUCGGUCUAGUCUCGUCUCGUGGGCAGAUCCAGUGUUUUUGGGAAAGUUCCAAGCUUCCAUCCGAGAAGUCUCCUACGGUGAGGACUUUGAAAAAGCUAUAAAGAAAAAGGCUAAAGCUUGGAGCUUUCGACAAGAUUUGGGUCUUUGAUUUUUUCUGUUCUCCUACAAAUUAACGAAAGAGAGUAAACUCAUCCAUACCCAUCAGAGAUCAGAUAAUGAUAUGAGAAUGGAAGAGAUUGUAGAGGAAACCGAUGGAAAACAUGAAAAGAUGGCGGAAAUUACUCUCAAAACCGUUGGCCCUGCUCGCCCUACUCGCCUUCAUGUCCCUUCUUCCAUCAGAGUUCUUGAUUUGAGAAAAUUGAUUGCUGGAAAGAAUCGUUUGCCAGUAGAAAAUUUGAAGCUUAUCUUGCGAGGGAAGGUAUUGCAUGACCGUGAAGAUGGGGAUGACAUUUAUAUGCAACUCAAUGAUGGUGAUUCCCUCAUUGUUGCUGUCAAACCAAAGCCGCCAGUUGGACAUGAUAUUGAUGACGAUGAUGAAGAUCUGAAAUUUCAGCUCCCGCAGUCAACAAGCCGAUGGCAGAAGAAGCUUUACUCUUUUUUACAUAAUAGAUUGAGGCUUCCUGAUAUCCUUUUGAUAGCAAUAUUUUCUCUCAGUCUUAAGGCAUGGGCUUUUAUUAUUUUAUGGUUUAUAUUGGCGCCUGUUGCCCAUAAAUGGGAUCUUGGACCAUUAUUUAUACUUGGUACUGGCUUUUGUAUAAUUUUCCUGAAUCUUGGACGGCGGCAACCUGGUGAUGUCAGUGCAUAUUCCAUCUUCAAUGAAGAUUUUAGAGAGCUUCCUGGGACCCUCAACGCAGACGCUAUAGAUAGAGAUAUAAGGACAGGUCAGUUUUGAGCCAGUCACACACCAUGUGUGAUUAUCAAAAUGAUUACUUGUAAAUAUGUUUUUGACCUUUUUGCAUCUUAAAGGGAGAAAAGAUGUAAACACUUCUUUCAGUCAUUCUUUGUUUCCUUAAUAGAAAACGAAAAUCUUCAUCAUGAACUAAAGGAUCCGUAUGAAUGAUAACCUUUAUCUCACAUCAAUACCAUGGAAUUAAGGCAUGUUUAAUAAUGAAUUA